CGCCCCGCGCCGGUCAGGCGCGCCCUCCCUUGGCCCGCGGCGCUUGUUGUUCGGCGGCGGCGGCCGCGGCUCGGGUCCCCCUCCGGCGCCCCCGCCGCCGUCCGCGCGCGGCCAUGGAGCUGGAGGUGCCGGACGAGGCGGAGAGCGCCGAGGCGGGGGCCGUGCCCUCGGAGGCGGCGUGGGCGGCGGAGAGCGGGGCGGCUGCAGGUUUGGCUCAGAAGAAGGCAGCCCCGACAGAGGCCCUGUCCAUGACGGCACAGCCGGGCCCUGGCCACGGGAAGAAGUUGGGCCAUCGAGGUGUGGACGCAUCCGGUGAAACCACCUACAAGAAGACCACCUCCUCCACCCUGAAGGGUGCCAUCCAGCUGGGCAUCGGCUACACCGUGGGCCACCUGAGCUCCAAGCCCGAGCGGGACGUGCUCAUGCAGGACUUUUACGUGGUGGAGAGCAUCUUCUUCCCCAGUGAAGGCAGCAACCUCACCCCCGCCCACCACUUCCAGGACUUCCGCUUCAAGACCUAUGCACCUGUCGCCUUCCGCUACUUCCGGGAGCUCUUCGGGAUCCGGCCAGACGAUUACUUGUACUCCCUGUGCAACGAGCCGCUGAUCGAGCUGUCCAACCCUGGCGCCAGCGGCUCCCUCUUCUACGUCACCAGUGACGACGAGUUCAUCAUCAAGACCGUCAUGCACAAGGAGGCCGAGUUCCUGCAGAAGCUGCUCCCCGGAUACUACAUGAACCUCAACCAGAACCCGCGGACGCUGCUGCCCAAGUUCUACGGGCUGUACUGCGUGCAGUCGGGGGGCAAGAACAUCCGCGUGGUGGUCAUGAACAACAUCCUGCCACGCGUGGUCAAGAUGCACCUCAAGUUCGACCUCAAGGGCUCCACCUACAAGCGGCGCGCCAGCAGGAAGGAGAAGGAGAAGAGCUUCCCCACCUACAAGGACCUGGACUUCAUGCAGGACAUGCCCGAGGGGCUCCUGCUGGAUGCCGACACCUUCAGCGCCCUGGUCAAGACGCUGCAGCGGGACUGCCUGGUGCUGGAAAGUUUCAAGAUCAUGGACUACAGCCUGCUGCUGGGCGUGCACAACAUCGACCAGCACGAGCGCGAGCGGCAGGCGCAGGGCGCGCAGAGCACCUCGGACGAGAAGCGGCCCGUGGGCCAGAAGGCGCUCUACUCCACGGCCAUGGAGUCCAUCCAGGGCGGCGCCGCGCGCGGGGAGGCCAUCGAGUCGGAUGACACGAUGGGCGGGAUCCCUGCCGUGAACGGCCGCGGGGAGCGGCUGCUCCUACACAUCGGCAUCAUCGACAUCCUGCAGUCGUACAGGUUCAUCAAGAAGCUGGAGCACACCUGGAAGGCCCUUGUCCAUGAUGGGGACACCGUGUCCGUCCACCGCCCCAGCUUCUAUGCCGAGCGCUUUUUCAAGUUCAUGAGCAACACGGUCUUUCGGAAGAACUCAUCCCUCAAGUCCUCACCCUCCAAGAAGGGACGCGGCGGAGCCUUGCUGGCCGUCAAACCCCUGGGGCCCACAGCCGCCUUCUCGGCCAGCCAGAUCCCCAGUGAGCGGGAGGAGGCCCAGUAUGAUCUGCGGGGGGCCCGCAGCUACCCCACACUGGAGGACGAAGGCCGGCCUGACCUCCUGCCCUGCACGCCACCUUCUUUUGAAGAAGCCACUACAGCCUCCAUUGCCACGACUCUGUCAUCCACAUCCCUCUCCAUUCCUGAGCGGUCCCCCUCGGAGACGUCGGAGCAGCCCCGGUACAGGCGGCGCACACAGUCCUCUGGACAGGAUGGCAGGCCGCAGGAAGAGCCACCCGCAGAAGACACCUUGCAGCAGAUUACGGUGCAGGUGGAGCCCACGUGCAGCGUGGAGAUCGUGGUCCCCAAAGAGGAAGACUCAGGGGUGGAGGCUUCCCCAGCCGGUGCCUCUGCUGCUGUGGAAGCAGAAACUGCCAGCCAGGCCUCGGACGAGGAAGGUGCGCCCGCCAGCCAGGCCUCGGACGAGGAAGGUGCGCCCGCCAGCCAGGCCUCGGACGAGGAAGGUGCGCCCGCCAGCCAGGCCUCGGACGAGGAGGACGCACCCGCGACUGACAUGUACUUUUUCACGGAUGGGAGGUACUGGAUUUACUCUCCCCGCCAUCGCCGACUGCGGGCCGUGACGUUGAGCGCCUCGGGGACUCCCACCGAUGAGAGGAGCUGGGUGUACUCCCCGCUCCACUAUAGCACCCAGGCCCCCCCGGCCUCCGACGGCGAGAGCGACACAUAAUUUCUAUGCAGUCCCUGACCCAGAGCCGAGCGCCGCUUUCGCUCCGGCCGCCCCCAGAGGCGCUGCCCACCCCACUGAGGCCCAGAGCUCGGGAGACUCCCGCCUCGCCGCCCCACCGGACCUCGUCCUCCCCCUGCACGGAUGCCGAUGGUCAGGCUCCUCCCCCCGUCGGCAGCCUGCCCCUGUGAGACCGCCCCUCCCGAGCGGCAAACUGCGUUUGAGUCCUUACUCUGCACAGACGGAAGCUCGUGUGUUCGCUUUUAGGAAAAGAAAAAAGACACACACACAAAAACAGACAAAGAUGAGCCCCACCCACUGCCCUCCUCGGUUCUUUGUGUGCCUGCAUGUGUCCUGAGGAGGGAGCCAGGCUGUUCCCAGUGGCCUCUGGAGACCUGAGCCCCGGGGACCCCAUCGGCCUGCCGAGGGUAUGGCUGGGGUCCCAAGCCACUGCCUCGAUCCACCUGGGAAGCAGACCCUCCCACCCUCAGCUCGGGUUUGGGGGUCUCAGUGCAGGACAUCUGACCUGAGCAUCAGCUGUGGGGACAGCCCUCACCCUGCCGAGCACUGUAGCUGCUCAGCAUCUGUCUUCCCGCCACAGUGGGGCCCUGGCGCCCACCUCCCAGGUGCCCCUCAAGCAAAAACCUCCCGCACCUCCAAUACAGAGCACUGCACCUGGAGGGCUGGGCCUCCUCUCCGCCCGGCUGCCACCCCCUCUGGCGGAGCUUAGGGCUCGAGACUUGUCCUUCCCUUCCGAUGGUGGCUACUCAGCAACUGCAAUGGAGGGUCCAGCGACAGAGACACUUUCUUCCAGGCUGGACAGAGCAGGAGGCCAGGCCUUGGGCCACAGGACACCAGCUCAGGGUGGAAAGUCAGGCUCCCGGACCCCUCCGCCUGGAGACAUGGCCUAGCGGCGCAGGCCCGGCUCCGCACACGUCUCCUUCAGGACUGGUCUGGUGUCCCUCGCCUUUUGAGUGAAGUGAUGUCUCCAAGGAGAAGAGAGAAGAGAAGACUGUUUCUGGCUUGUCACUCUCCAGCAGGACAGCCAUCCCAGCGUUGGGACCGAGCCCAGACCGCUCGGCAGCUUCCUGGGCCCGCGGCGCUUAGAGGUGCCGGUCAAAGCCAAGAGCUGGGCAUUCGCCCACCUGCCCUUCCCCAGGACCCUUGAGAGGGGCUUGUUGGUGAUAGGCGUGGGGAUACCCCACUGCCGAGAUGUGCCCAGGAUGGGAGGAGCUGGGGUGGCCCAGAGCAGAAGCCGCACCUUCAGGAAGAAUGCUUCUCCCGCCCUGGCAGAGCCGGGUGUGGGGUCUGUGUUUUGUUUGUGGCAAGCCCCGUACACACGGUGCCACCUGCUGUUCAUGUCCUGUCGGCCUCCCUUGCAGCCCACGCACUGCGCCUGCAGAGAAGCCAGCCCCUCCCCAAGGCCUAUCACCAGUGAGGGCACACUCCACGCAAGCCACCCCUCGAGUCUCUGCCCAGGAGAGGGGACGACCCUCCACGGGAACCAGCUACCCGCGUGGCUCCCAGCACCCAUCAGGACAAGCCCAUGUGGGGUCCUCCCUGCCGGCUCAGAGGGUCUGUCCAGCCCUGGGAAGUGACCUUGGCCCCAGUUCACAGCCUGGUGCCCAUCUGCUGGUACCGCCACCCACCAAUCAGCCCCCGCCUUAUCCCACCUGGUGGGCACCCCAGGGAGGUGGGGGCAUAGGUCAGAAGGGGUGUCUGGGACCUGGAUGACCAAGAGGGACAGGGGCGUCAUCAUCUCAAAGGCCCACACCCAAAGAGGCCACACUGAGCCUCCCAGGGAGUCCUCAAGUCCCCCUGCCCACAGCCCUGGCACCAGAGACGUCAGUAGCCUAUGGGGGUGACUGAGCAGCAGGUGUGGCCCCGGGCGGGCAGCACUGCGUCCAGGGUGGCCUCCCUCUGCGGAGUGAGUCACGUGACACCAGUGCCCAGCUGACGCUCACUUGCAGGAGAAAUUUGCGAACCUCUGUGGAUAUCCUGACAUUUCUAUUUCGUGUUGUCUCCGAGACUCCUUUGGAGAUUGACUUUGUGUUGGUUCCUUCUCAGAGAACUGUAAACCGAGGCUGACGUGCUCCACUGACUGUGCCCAGGGCGGGGCGGGAGGACGGCAAGGCCUAUUUAUAAUACUUAGCGAACUCGGCCUCCCUCAGACCCUGCGAGGGAGGCCCUGGACCCACCCCGCUGCCCCCCACGAUGGAAGUCUGUAUAUACCUUGGUGACCAAUGCCCACCUCCCCUCCUGGCUCACCUCUAACGGCUGCUGUCCACUGAGAAUGUGGACAGUGUCCGAACUCCUGUACUGUAAAGACUAAAAGGUGUUUCUCUGAGACUGACAAGGUGGAAACUUCCACGUGUCCCCUGCCAGGCUCCGUCCCCCUCAGCCAUCCCAACAUGUUCCCGUUCCCCUGACAGCUGGCUCAGUGCAAUACUCCCAUGGCUGUGGGGUCCUUCACCAUGGUACUGUCUCCACAGCCCCUCAGUCCCCACCCCAGGACAGGCGCCCGCCUCCUCCUCUCUGGCGGCUCAGUCGCUCCGCCUGUCCCCACCCCAGUCCCAUUUUUAUGGCCGAACUGAUUCCAAAACAAAAUGAAACUGCAAACCUCGUGUGUCUUAACUGCCCCGGGGUUCCACUCCAUUGCUCCGCCCCGUGGUCUGGUGCGUGACAAUCCGAAGCGCUGCGCCUCGUGGCAGAGACGAGGGUGCUGUGUCCCUCAAACCCAGAGCCGUGGGCGCCUCUGAAACCAUACAGCCGCUCCUGGCCCCAGACAACACUGGUAUGCAGCCCGGGUCCCCUGCCCCCCAUCCCCACCACACCCUCUCUUUUUAUGUCGGAGAGCUCUCUCUAAUAAAUCGGGUAAUAAGCAUCC